AGUCCUACUACCACUGCCUCCCUGUCUCUGUCUUUGUCUCUGUCUCUGCUCUGUGUUUCAAAAUCAAUCAAUCAAUCAAUCGUUCAUCAUCUUUGCAAUCGCAUCGCCUCGCAUCGCCAUUCCCAAUUCAUUCAUUGGAGGACUCUUCUGCCCCUCCACCCAAUAUCUUUCUUUCUUUCUUUCUUUUUAUUGACUCUUCUUCUCCGUCUCUCGUUCGUUCGUAAAUGGCGAUGGAAUCAGAUUCCGAGGGGGAGGAGGAGUACCUGUUCAAGGUGGUCGUCAUUGGGGACUCCGCCGUGGGCAAAUCCAACCUGUUGUCUCGCUACGCUAGGAACGAGUUCAAUCCCCACUCCAAGUCCACCAUUGGCGUCGAGUUUCAGACCCAGACCUUGCUCAUUCAGGGCAAAGAGGUCAGGGCCCAGAUUUGGGACACCGCCGGCCAGGAGCGCUUCCGUGCCGUUACUUCCGCCUACUACCGCGGCGCCGUCGGUGCUCUCCUCGUCUACGACAUCUCUCGCCGCGCCACCUUCGACAACAUUGCCCGCUGGCUCGAUGAGCUCACCUCUCAUUGUGAUACAACUGUCGCAAGGAUGCUGGUGGGUAACAAAUGUGAUUUGGAGAAUAUCAGGGCUGUGAGUGUUGAGGAAGGUAAGAGCCUCGCAGAAGCAGAAGGAUUGUUCUUUAUGGAAACAUCUGCCCUGGACUCAACAAAUGUUAAACAGGCUUUCGAGAUGGUUAUUCGAGAGAUUUACAGCAAUGUCAGCAGGAAAGUAUUAAAUUCUGAAUCCUACAAGGCCGAAUUAUCGGUCAACAGGGUAAGCCUUGUUAGUAAUGGCACUGAUGGAUCUAAGCAAACUCAGAGUCAGAAUCCUUGCUGUUCAGGGUGAUUACUUCCAGUUAUUUGACAUAUAUUAUUUCCCAAAUUGAGGGUUUUCCAAGGUUGGUUUGUUAAGUCUAUUUGAUUGUUUAUUUUCCUUUAUAUAUGCUUUUAAUUUGUAGAUAUUUGGAAAUUUAGAAAAAGAAAACUCUUAAUGCUCACAUCAACGAAUGUAGUUGCACAUUACUUGUGUUGUGAAGUUGUAUUUAUCG